UGUCACUCACAACGUAGACAAAAUCCACCUCUCUCUCUCUCUAUCUUUUUCUCUCCUCUGUGUUUGAACUUUGGGGGCCAAAUCAUGCACAGUAACUUGCUCUCACACCUUCUGCAACUCAAUUUCACUCAUGCAUGUCACUCUUUUGCUUAAACACUUCUCAAUUGCUUCAAAGGUACGCAAAAUUUCACCCAAUUCGCAAUUUAGGGUUUCAUGAGAAUUUCAACAGAGAGCGGUUCUGUGCAUGAUUGAGUUGAAUUAGCCUCCUGAUACACCUUGCAUUGUUGUUUUCAAUCUUCAAGUUUUUCCCUUUGUUGGUUUUCAUGUAAUGGGUAAUGUUGAAAUCCCCAAUUGGCUUGAAGGGUUGCCUCUAGCACCUGAAUUUCGCCCUACUGAUACUGAAUUCGCUGACCCAAUUGCUUAUAUUUCAAAGAUUGAGAAACAAGCUAGCAAAUUUGGGAUUUGUAAGAUUAUCCCACCAUUGCCAAAGCCUUCAAAGAAGUAUGUUUUCUCUAAUUUGAAUAGGUCCCUGUUGAAGUGCCCUGAAUGGGGUUCAGAUGAUAGUUCCUUAGGGGUUAGUCAUUCUUUGAAAACGGGGGGUUCUGGGGAUAGUGGUAGUGAUGGGGCGGCGCGCGCUGUGUUUACUACUAGGCAUCAAGAAUUGGGGAAGAGUGUGAGGAAAACCAAAGGGGCAGUUCAGAAUCCUCCACCGCCGGCGAGUGUUAAGAGACAAGUAUGGCAAAGUGGGGAGGUUUAUACAUUGGAACAAUUCGAGUCCAAAUCGAAGGCUUUUGCGAGAAGCGUUCUUGGUACGGCGAAGGAUGUUUCCCCACUGGUUAUAGAAGCUAUGUUUUGGAAGGCGGCUUUGGAGAAGCCUAUAUAUGUGGAGUAUGCCAAUGAUGUGCCUGGCUCUGCUUUUGGAGAAUCCAAGGGUCAACAUUAUAUUAGUCAUAGAAGGCGGAGAAAAAGGGCUUAUUAUAAUAGUAGACUAGACAGUACUGAUUGUAAAGAAAAUAAAACGAAUAGCGUAAUUGAUGCCCGAAAUGAUGAGACUAAGGGUGAUUCUGCUGAAAGUCAAGCAGACAUAUGCUUACUGAGGUCAAAAUCACCUAUGGCCGUGUCAACAUCCUUAUCAAAUGAAGCUUCACAAUCAUCGAAGGAAAAGAUUUCAGGUGCCAGUGAUGAUAUGCAAGGCACUGCUGGCUGGAAGCUUUCAAACAGUCCUUGGAAUUUGCAAGUUAUUGCACGCUCAUCUGGCUCACUAACUCGCUUCAUGCCAGAUGAUAUUCCUGGUGUUACCUCACCCAUGAUAUACAUUGGCAUGCUGUUUAGUUGGUUUGCCUGGCAUGUUGAGGAUCAUGAGCUUCACAGCUUGAAUUUUCUUCACACUGGUUCAUCAAAGACUUGGUAUGCUGUUCCUGGAGAUUAUGCCUUUGCUUUUGAGGAAGCCAUCCGGUCAGAGGGUUAUGGUGGUAAUAUUGAUCACUUAGCUGCUUUAAAACUUUUGGGUGAGAAAACUACUCUUUUAUCUCCUGAGGUAGUGAUUGCAUCUGGGAUUCCUUGUUGCAGGUUAAUACAGAAUCCUGGUGAAUUUGUUGUGACUUUUCCAAGAGCUUAUCAUGUAGGAUUCAGCCAUGGUUUUAACUGCGGGGAAGCUGCUAACUUUGGGACUCCACAAUGGCUUAGAGUAGCUAAGGAAGCUGCUGUGCGUAGAGCUACGAUGAAUCAUCUUCCCAUGCUUUCCCAUCAGCAACUGCUUUACUUGCUGACCAUGUCUUUUAUUUCAAGAGUGCCAAGAACACUAUUACCUGGUGUGCGGAGUUCCCGUCUAAGAGACCGUCAAAAAGAAGAAAGAGAGCUUUUAGUAAAACAGGCUUUUAUAGAAGAUAUGGUGCAGGAAAACAAGCUACUAUCCAUUCUUCUUGGAAAGGAAGCAACUAAACAAGUUGUUUUAUGGAAUGCUGAUCUAUUACCACAUUCCAGCAAAGACUGUCAGUUGCCUGCUAUAGCUUCCACCACUGGAACCUGUAUGGCAGACACAUCAUACAUUAGUUCAGCUGAUAAGAAUAGUCAUUAUCUGCUUAACGAGAUGAGUUUGUAUAUGGAGAAUCUGACGGACUCAUAUUUUGGUUGUGACGAUCUUCCAUGUCACUUCCAAACUGAUUCAGGACCAUUGGUUUGUGUGGGCUGCGGAAUCCUUGGGUUUCCAUUUAUGGCUAUCAUACAACCAACUGAGAAAGCCAUAAUGGAACUUAUUCAAGAUAAUCAUCAUCUAGUUCAAGAUUCAUCUCUGAAGUCGACUGCCUCCCUGCACAGCUCAGUCUCAAGGGAUUUUUCUGUUUCUGGACUUUCUUCUGCAAAGGAUUCGACACAUCAAUCAUUAAACAAGUUCAAUAAAUGUUGGGACACCUCCAGUAAAUUUUUGAGACCACGGAUUUUCUGCCUGGAGCAUGCUGUUCAGAUAGUGGAGAUGUUGCAGUGCAAAGGUGGAGCCAAUGUGCUUUUAAUUUGCCAUUCAGACCAUCAAAAAAUAAAGGCACAUUCCAGGGCAGUUGCAGAAGAGAUACAUGGGGUUUUUGAUUAUAAUGAGGUUUCAUUAGAUAUUGCAUCCCCAGAAAAUUUGGCUCUGAUAGAUCUAGCAAUUGAUAAUGAAGAACAUAAUGAAUGUGAAGACUGGACAUCUAAACUAGGCAUUAACCUCAGGUAUUGUGUCAACGUAAAAAACAACACUCCAUCCAAACAAGUUCCUUGGACACUAGCAUCAGGGACGCUGUUCUCUGAUAAACGUCCUGGUUCAGAAAUUUCGUCUUUAAAUUGGCAGUCACAGAGAACUCGGUCCAAGAGGUCAAAUCGCUUAGCUCAAACUAAACCUUAUGACAGAAGUCAGAGAAAGAAGGAUGAUCCAUUGGAGGGAAGAGUAGAUGGCUCCACCACUAAAAAGAAGCUAAUUCAAUAUUCAAGAAGGAGGUUCAAGUCAAAGCAAAGUUGUUUGUCUGUUGCAAGUAUGGUCCAUGAAUUCCAAGAGAAGUCUAAAAAUGAGUCAGCUGUCUUGAGUGGGGAUCAUUCCAAUUGUGUUUUGAAAGAUGGGUUUAAUACGGAGAAUUUCAGGAGUGAUUGUGUAUUGUCAUGUGUCUCUGCUUCUACUGCAAUGACUCCAACACAUACAGAAAUCCAGAUUGCUGAAGUGCCCACUACUAUGAGAUUGCACACAGGCACAGCUACGCCACCACUUUCAAAUUCCUUUCCUGAUGAUAUUUUGAUGACGGAAAAAGUUGGGGCAGUGAUUGGGAAUAAAAUCAUACAGAAGUUAAAUAUAGAUGGAGAAAAUGAUUUAACACCCAGUCGUUAUAAGAUGCAUCACAACACCAAUGUCUCAGAAAUAUGUGGCAAGGUGAGCCUGGACUGUCCGGAGUCUCCAGACAAGAAAUGUUCUAGCUCACUUUCAAAUGCAACAGACAGAAAUGUUGACAUGUUUGGAAAGAAUCAAAAUGCAGAAGCUAUAAUCAUUGAUAGCAUAGGUAAUAGCUUAGAUUUGGAUGAUAAAGGGCAUCAAGAAUAUCAGUCUUCGUGCAAAAGCAACAAGAAGGAAACUUUUCCAUCAGCUGAUUCAUUGGUAAACCAACCUACUGUUGCCUCUAGGGACGGAAGUUCGGAAAGUCCAUAUAAUAAUAAUUCUGCAGAAAGAAUUAGCAAUGCUAUGCCCGUAGAGGAGACAACUGAGGAAGAAAUAAAUUCUAAGAGUGAAAGGGGCGAGGAACCUCCAAGUGAUGAUAAACCAAAUGGAGAAGUUGGUGAAGUUCCAAUAGAGCUUUAUGCAGCUGAAGACUUGCAUGAUACAGUAAUAUUGGAUGUCGAGCAGUGUCAGAUCCAAAAUAAGAACAGAAUUAAUGAGGAAUCCACUUCUGGUUAUGUUGCAAAAGGUGAUAAUAGAAGUGAAACUCUAUCAGAAAUAGGAUGUUCUGAAGUUUCAGUUGAAACCUGUCCCGAAAAGGACUCAUGUACUCAUUUUACUUCAGAUAGAGAAAAUGAGAUGGAAAUCCAGCCAGUUAAUUGUAGUGAUGUGGAACUUUGCCCUGGUGCUCAGACAGCGUUGAAGGACUCUUCUGUAUCAAUCCAGGAAUGUUCUCAAAUUGAGAAAAUGGUGUGUGGUGGAGAAAACAGAAACGGAAGCGAGGAUCACUUGUCACAGGAAAAUAGGGAGCUGGAAAGCUGUGAGUUGAAUACAGCAGUUCCCAGAUCAAAUGCUGUAAAGAAAAGAAGAAUGAAAGUGGAAGAGACAACAAAGAACCAACUUGAUUGCCACAACUUUAUUAGAGGUCCAUGUGAGGGGCUGAGGCCAAGAAGAGCUGGAAAGAUUGCCACAGAAAAAAGUGGGGUCAACAUUAGCCAAAGUGACAAAGAAAAUCCGGUAGCUAAAAGGGCACGGAGACAUUCUGAAGUUUCGGUUCCUCAUGAGAAUAAAAAAGAUGUUGUUACGAAGCCCCACAAGUGUGACCUUGAUGGCUGCCAUAUGAGUUUCAUGACCAAGGCCGAGUUACAGUUGCACAAACGUAACCUCUGCCCACAUAAAGGGUGUGGUAAGAAGUUCAGUUCCCACAGAUAUGCUAUAAUUCACCAGCGUGUUCAUGAAGAUAAGAGGCCCCUUAAGUGCCCGUGGAAAGGUUGUUCCAUGUCAUUCAAGUGGGCAUGGGCAAGGAUAGAGCAUUUACGGCUGCAUACAGGCGAGAAGCCUUACCAAUGCAAGGUAGAGGGAUGUGGCCUUUCAUUCAGGUAUGUAUCAGAUUUCAGCAGGCACAGACGGAAAACAGGGCACUAUGUGAAAUCUCCUGCUUGAGAUAUAAUAUUCAUUUCAGACUUGUAUUUUCCCCGUCGUGUAGCGUGCACAUAUGCAGUUAGACUUGGAAGAAGUGAGGCAUAGAGUCAUGUCUGACUUAAGCAUUCUUGAUAGCUGUAAAGUUAGGGUAUAAUGGCUGUAUUGUAGGUGCUCAAAAUCCAAUUUAUUCUAAAGCAGCUAGAGUUGGUAACUAUCAUUGAGUUUUGAUCUUUUGAGAUUCUUAGACAGGAGAUCUUGCAAUAGCCUCUUCAGGAGAGAAAACUCUCCAUUAGAGGGAUUUACAUCAUGUUGCUUGGUCAUGUGAUUAUCUCUGCUAGCUUUCUUUGUUGAUUGCCUGUACUUAAUGGUUCUUUGACGCAGUUGAUAGGUCCUUGAUCUCUCAGGAUAGCUAGUUGUUCAUUGUGACUGUAUAUUACUCUGCAUUAACUUCAUUUGUUUUUAAGGGGAACAAGAAAGCUGAGGGUAUGAAACAAGGCAUGUGCUCUCAGAAAUGAUUGUAUGUACUUUCUAUGAAUUCCUCUUGGCUAGUAAAUUCAGUUGUUAAAUACUC